AAGUUAUUGUAUUAUUUGACUUUAUUUCAUUUUUAAGUUUAAUAAAAUUAUCGGGGUAUUUCAUUUUUGACUAAAAGAGCUGAAGAAAUAUUUUUCAAAUAUCCGCGCUUUAAACUACUGAUUCAAUUUUUCACCAUUUGUGCCGCUAGUAUUGCAGAAGCAGACGCAGUUCGCGAAAAGCAUACCAUUUGACUGUUCUCAAGAACCGUCACUUUCUUUGAUCGCGUGAGGUGCUUCUUUAAGACAGUCUUAAUAAAUUUUUGUAUGAGUCAAAAGGUAGAAAAACCAGUCUUAUCCGGUCAACGCAUCAAGACCAGAAAAAGAGAUGAAAAAGAAAGAUAUGAUCCAGUUGGAUUUAGAGAUGCAAUAAUCGCAGGACUUGAUAAAUGUUCUAAUGACUUUGAAUCUAUUUCACGUUUUCUGGACAGUGCUGGUAAUAAGUUAGAUUAUCGUCGUUAUGGAGAAUGUCUAUUCGAUAUCCUCAUCGCUGGAGGAAUACUUGUUCCUGGCGGCACACUUUCUCAGGAAGGAGAAGGCCCAUGCAAAACAGACGCAUGCAUAUUCAGCGCUCCAUCGGAAAUCAACAUGGAGGUAAUGAAGAACUGGGAACAAGUUUUCACCAAGCUUAUGAGAAGAUAUAAAUAUUUAGAGAAGAUAUUUCAGGAUGAGAUAAAGAAGAUUCUUGUGUUUGUGAAGUAUUUCAGCGUGGAGGAGCGUUUAAAACUUUCGGUUAUGGUAUCUUUGUGGAUUUCAAAUGGAAGCAUCCCAUUCAAUGUAAUUACAGUGCUUAACAACUCUUACCUGGUGAAGGACAAUCUCGCUUUGGAUUUUCUCAUUGAAGUGUUCAAGUGUUGGCGUCAAGAACGUGGAGUGAACUCGCUCUACUCGGCCAUCAAAAAGUCCAACAUUGAAUCUCUACUUAUGAGUUUUGUGCCAGACACCAAACAGGCACAAACAUAUUUCCGCACUGCCUUCAAGGAAAAUGGUUUAGAAGAAAUUUUGAAACUGUAUUAUGACCAAAGCCAACAGGUGGCUAAGAAGGAGUUGCAAACGCUAUUGCAAGAUAGUUUAACUGAAGGAAAAGCUCAUAAAGAAAUAGUAAACGAACUGAAAGAAAUGGCUGCCAAAGAAGAGAUCCAACCGCAUGAAACCAUUUGCAUCAUCUGGACCACCAUCAUGGCUAUUCCUGAAUGGUCCAAAAAAGAAGAGUUAGUAACCGAUCAAGCUGUCCGUCACCUGAGGCAGUAUGUUGCACUGUUUACAGCAUUUGCACAAACUGAACGUGCCCAGCUAAGUCUUUUGCUCAAAGUUCAAGAGUACUGCUACUCAAAUAUGACAUUUAUGAGAGCAUUCUUGAAGAUCGUCAUGCUUUUCUACAAAACCGACGUUCUACCUGAGCAAGUCAUCAUUAAAUGGUAUAAGCAGGAUUACAAUGUCAAGGGAAAAAUGAUGUUUGUUGAUCAAAUGCGUCAGUUUGUUGAGUGGUUACAAAACGCCGAAGAAGAAAGCGACUCUGACGGGAGUAGCGACUAGGUAUCAAAACCGCCCUUUGAAAAAUGAAGAUAGUGCCACACCAAUACAGUUUCAGCCUUUUUUUCUUGGUAAAUUUUCCUUUUGAUUUGUAAAAAUAUUUCUGGUGCCUUACUUCCAUUAGUAUGAGGCAAAUAGUGACCCAAGGAUCUGAAUAUCUUUUCCACUGAGUUAUCAUGAAAUAAAAAAGAGAAAAAUGCUGAACAGAAAAAUUUACAAUGGAAGAUGGAAACUAUGUUAUUUAAUGAAAUGAUUUAUUGUCAAUUUUUUUAAUAUACAAAAUAAAUUUUA